AUGGACCUUGACGAAAACGCUUCCUCUCCACCCCCCUCACCGCCUUCACGACUCUCUGAUCAACCUCAUCAACAUGGCUCGCAGUCUAACAAGAAGCCUCUUAAGCUCAAGCUCAAGCUUGCAACUCAGCCCGCCGCUUCCCGUCCGCCUGCCAAGCGGAAAUAUGUCAGAAAGGCCCCUGUCUCUAAAUCACCCUCCGGUCGCUCUCGUUCUACAAACGAUAAGAAAGCCAACUCAAGCAACAAACGCCGAAGUACUGCGUCUGAUGAAGAAGAUGACGAGCUUGCGGAAGAAUCACUUGGAUACAGCGAUGGCGACGAAGAUCGAGCGGGUAAUCAAGCGGGCGCGUAUCAAGCAUCGAAUGGAUCGGAUGGAGCUUCUUCAGGCGACGACACGAUGCCAACUGCUGGCCAACUCACCGUGCGACAACGUGCCAAAGAGUAUGGCGAACCAGUCACUGAACUUCAGUCACUACCGAUGACUGAUUCUAAGAAGAAGAAAGAACUAACUGAGGCCGAUCGGGCAAUGGAAAAGGCUGAAAAGUCGCGGAAAAGAAAACAUCAAAACGAAAAGAAAUUGGAGGAUGAAAAAACCGAAACUAUCAAUCGCCUACUGAAGGGACAGGUUGGCAAAGCAAAAGGUUCCACGAAAACCGCUGGCCGACCGAUCGACACAACGGAAGAAAACGCCAACCAAGUCGUGAAAGUACAGGCUGCAACACCAUUACCAACGAUGAUUCGAAGGUUCUCAAGUAUUCGCUCCGGCGAGUAUGUGGCCAGCUUGAGUAUCCCUUCAUCAAUCUUAAAAGAACACGAAGAUCACAUCUUUUUCAGCCCAACUUCAAAAGUCGUUUAUCCUCCUCCCGUCAGACCUCCCCCCAAAACGUGGAGACUUGUCAACGGAGUCCGAGUGAACUAG